AUGCCUAUUCCCGCUCCAGGACCCUAUGGACCGCAAAACUGGGGGGCUCCGGUCUACCAAAACGCCUUGGAAUUGCAAAUAGUCGGAGGGAAUGUUGAAAAUUCACCAUUCGUCGCUUGGAUACAGAACUAUCCCCUUCCAAAAGAUUUGAAAUACCCUUCCCACCUUGGAACGUACAAAGGGAAAAGCGAUCCGGAUAAUUUCUUGGAAGCAUUCGAGAGCGUAGCAGAAAUGAAGGUCUGGAACGUACCCGUCGCGUGCCGAAUAUUCAGGUAUGCACUUGAAGAAGAUGCUAGAGAAUGGCUGAAAAAUGUUGCAAAGGGGUCCAUCAUUAGUUUUGAAGACCUCAAGGAGAAAUUUAGAGCCCGCUUUAGCCAACAGAAAAAACAUAAGAAAAUCCACGUGGCUGCCCACGGGGUAAAACAAAAAAAGACAGAACCCUGUAGGACGUUUCUUGACAAAUUUACCACUGAGACGGAAGAUAUUAUAGAUCUUCCUGAAUCGCAAAGAAUAUCUGCAUUAUUGCAUGGCCUUCGGAGCAGAGAACUAGUUGAAUUAUUGUAUAGAGAUCUCCCGAAGACAUACGAAGUCGUCCAAAAAAGAGCACAUGUGUACCUAGAUGCAAGAGAUACUGCGCCAAAGGGAGACAUUAGCCCAUCGCGUGAUAAGGAGGCCCAGACACAUAGAAAGGGGAAAUGGAAUAACGAAAGGGAAAGGCCAAGGUACAGCCCGUACAAUAAAGAUGACAAAGGAUACCUAAAGGUCAAUCUCCCGGAACUACACAAAAGCCCGAAAGAAAUAUUACUCAUUGAAAGCGUCGCGAAAACCUUCCCAACACCGCCCAGGCUAAGUGGGAAAAACAGGAAGGACCCAGAAAAAUAUUGCGAGUUUCACAGAGACCAUGGCCAUGAUACGAAUGCAUGCUGGCAACUCAGAAAAGCCAUUGAAGAAGCAAUCAACGAAGGAAAAUUGUCACACUUGGUGAAAAGCGUCGAGCAACAACAAUAUCCUAAGAAGGAAGAUGAUACAGAUGACAAGAAGAAAGGCCCCAAUAAAAACUAUUUACACCAUUGUAAAGAAGAAGACAGGAUAUGCGCCCCGGAGAGCCUAUAG